CUUUGGUGAAGAUCACGUCGUUCUUGAAUUACAUUUUUAUCAUCACACCCGGCAGCUUAUAUUUUUUGGCGGUUUAUAUUUUUUAUGUGCUGUGAAGUUUAUGGCCAAAAGUUGAUAAAAAAAAGAAGUUAUUAAAUACAUUUUACAGCAUAAAAAUAAUUGAAUUGUUUUUUUUUUUGUGUAUUGUGAGGUUUAAAAAGGAAUUCAGUGAUUUGUAUUUUAGUUUUAAAAAUUAAUUUUAUUUAAAAAUAAAUUUAUCAAGAUUUCGUUUUAUUGUAAUUAUGGUGAUGUGACGAAACUUUUAGUGUCUUCUUUAGACUUUUUUUUUCAUCAAAAAGUUCCGGGUAAAAAUUCUACUGAAAAUUCAUAAGUAGAAUUUUUGACUCAAUAAGAUGGACGUAAAAUUUUCAAAAGUGACACCUACGCUGUUGAUUAUAUUUUUGUUUUUGAUUCAUUUGUCACAUGUGGCUUCACAAUGCGGAUCAACUAAUCAAGAUCGACAAGACAAAAUAGUUCUUUACAAAAUCAUACUGAGGACUUAUUGGUCGAGAGCAAGAUUUCCAAAGCAUUAUCCAGAGUGGCGACCUCCUGCACAGUUUGGCAAGCUUGUUGGUCGAACGCACAAUUCAAGUUAUUCUCUCUACCGUCUGGGUGAAAGAUUGACUCCAGGAGCGACUCAAUAUGUGGAGACAGGUCGAAUAGAUGGCUUAGACACAGGUGGAGACAGUGCGAACAUCUUGGAUGUAUUUGGAGGUCCUGAAAUCCCUCAAGGAGAAGGAACAACUGUUAGUCGAGCAUUUUUGGAUGGUAAUCAUACUCUCGUUAGCAUCAUGGUUCGAAUGAACCCUAGCCCUGAUUGGUUUGUGGGAGUCAAUUCAUUUGACCUUUGCGUUGAGGGUAAUUGGGUUGACACAGUUACUGUUGAGCUAGAUCCAUUGGAUGGAGGUACAGACAACGGUUUUACGUUCACAGCAGCAAAUUGGCCAACGAACCCCCAGGGGAUUGUUUACAGAAUAACAUCACGAUAUCCAGCACACCCUGCUGGAAGUUUUUAUUAUCCGAAUUUACCCCGAUUGCCACCUAUUGCCACCCUCACGUUCACAAAGUUAAGAGAGUAUACAUUAACGGAAACCUAUCAUGAAGAUGAAGUAGAAAUGGAGUUUGUAAGCAGCGAGAAGUUUCCAUCCUACAGUCCUACCCCACGGGGAAUAGAUCCAAACCGAGACUUGAACGAAGCAAUCGCCGAAGAGCGAAGGGAAAUGGACACUCAGAGAUACAGGUAUUGGACAACUGGAAGUUCUCAAGCUGGAAUAACAGACGAGCCUCGAGACAACAAAGCAGCGAUAAUAGACAGCAUAGCUUCAUCCUACAGUUUCAGUCUGGCGCGUCCACGUUUUCCAAUGACACCAACGCCCUUGUCACGUUUGGCAAAAAGCCAGGGGAAUAAAUCGAGACAGGAGAUAUCGUACAAGAAUGCAGAUGCUCUUAUGGAGGCUCAGAAGGCUCAAAUUUAUCAAGAUAUUCAACGAAGAAUCGCUAACGUCACUACUAGUGGGUUAAAUAAUCGAUUUAGAGGAGGAAACUCAUCAAUUGAGAAUACCAAAGAACAUCACAGGUUACGAAUGAAACACCAUCGACUUCAGAGUAAAGGAAAACGAUUUCGAGGGCGGAUUCCAAGAGACUGUAAAGUAGGUGAUUGGGGAGCAUGGAGUGCAUGCAGUCGCAGCUGUGGCGUUGGUGAAACUCAGAGGACACGAAAGGUGUUGGUGAGACCAAGACGUGGCGGAUCAAUUUGUCCUCCCCUUAAAGAAACUAAAUGGUGUGGAAGUGUCAGUCCUUGUCCUGAUAAUAGUGUUAAACCCAUUGUCGAUGUAUUUUCUUGGUAAAUUUCAUUUUUAAACCGAAACAAAAGGAAAAGUUUAUUUUAAAUAUGUUAACCAUUGACAUACAUUUUUCCGCAAUUCGCUUAAUUUAUUAUUGGAGAUGAAAUUUUCAUAAUAAAAUGAAACCUAAACUAAUUUUGAUAAAAAAAAAAAAUAAACAAAAAUGACAAUCUAGAUGAAUAUGUAUUUUUAAUUUAUUCUUAAAAUAACUUGCUUUUAAACUUUAAUUCAUAUUUUUGCAAUAUAAAAUGCUUCAAGAGCUUUUGUACUGAUUAAGUAUCGUAAAUCUAUCGAAUAAAAAUACCAUUUUUACAAAC